GAACAUCUCGGAUUGCGUGGCUAAAAACAUGAUCAACACGACGUCAAUCGAAAUUAAUAUCACGGCGCAAAGGCCAAAGGUUCACCUCGAUUAUCUUCACGCGACGAAUCGCGACUUUCGCACGUACACCGUUCGUUUUAUUUUUAUUCUGCGAAUUUCGAUGAACUUUGACGAAAGAUGAAAGAGGCGUCGGUAUAAUUAGAAGACCGACUGGAACGGAGAGUCAGUAUCGAUCCGACUGUGUAAAAAUCUAGAAGCCACCAUGCUGUGGAAAUCGGGAUUGAUAAUAACCGGCUUAUUGGCAAGCAUUGCCUGCGGAUUUCCGGCGGAUUUUAAACUCGACGAUUCGAACGUCUCACCGAUUCGCGAAAAGAGAUCACCGUGGACCGAUGACGGAGUCUCGGACAGCUGUCCGAAGGUUUACGACUUCGUCGAAGACCCGGUUUUGGAAGCGGAAUUCAUGAAGUGUUAUCGACGGGUACAAGAGAAAUUGGCACGCAGAGAGAAUGAACUGAGAAACGGCGGGUAUUCGACAACCGAAACACCUGACGACGCGACAACGAUUGGCGUUGAAGUUACUUCGCUUAAAUAAUUUCUCACGAUUGGAUAAAAAGAAAAAAAUAAGUGCGGUAAAUCAUCGGAAGCAUUGUUGGAAUACGAUAUCGAUUGUACGAAUACGCAAUGUGUGAACGUUUUUUUUGUAUACAUAUGUAAUUGAAUUUCCGUCUCACCGACAUUUGUAGAAAAUUUCUCAUCUUACAACGGAUCGAUGAAACUUGUCAAAUAAAAAUUAAACACAAAUAGAACAAAAAAAUAAAGAAAAUAUACAGCAACCAUAAAUUCAACGGGUUCGUUUACGAUCAAAAAGUCUCGAUAAGAGGAAUCGCAAAAUAAAGAUUACCCGAUGCAAUUUAUGGAAAUAAUGUUUUCUUUGGUGAUGUAAAA